AUGGAAGAAAAGGACAGCAACGUUGAACUGCAGGUAGAGACAACAUCGACAAACAAAGAUUCCCCGCAAGAAGCGAUGCAAACAAGCAAAGAAGGUAGGCGAGUUAGUCACACGAAACCAUCCGUUUAAGCAGAAGAUAAGUAAGCGCUGAAAUUUGUUCGGAGUUGAAAAAUGUCUUCACUUUAAAGCAGCGGGUAAGAGUUUUUAGUUGGAGAAUUAUUCUUCAAACAGUGGCAACAUUUACUGGCGCCUCCACAAGUGAAUUUUACAAAAAAAAAAAAAACACUACGCGUUAAAAGUUUGAUUAAGUAUUAAAAGGAUAAGUGAAAAGUUCAGUGCGUCAGGUACAGUUGUUAUUCAGAGGAAAGAUACUUGAAACAAUGAUUGACUUUUCGUUGAUUUAAAUGCAGCGGGUACCUAGUUUUGUUCAAUUCCGAGCCGCGGUUAUCCUCAAGUGUAACUUGCCAGCACAGUCAGAUGUUUUAAGUUUCCCAGCUCUGAUGCUUCUGAGUGGCUCCUGUUUCUUUUCUACUGCUUUGGAAGGAAUCUUAUUAAUGAAGCUCUACUUGAGCUUUUUUGUAAUCUACCUUCACAUUCUCAACCGGUUUAAUAAUGCCUGCUCCUGAUUCGCCCAUGGUUUCUGCAGCCGGGCCCAAUCAACUCAACUUCCCACUCGUCCUCUCUGAUUUCUGUAUCUAACCGGGGAUCAAAUGUGGAUUCUAACCUUAGAUUUCGCAUGGUGAAUUAGUUCUUACAUCGUUUGCUGUAUGCAGCAGCGUAGUUCACAUUCCCCCACAGCGCGCCGAGCUGGCCUUGGACCGUUCUGGCCCUAAUAUCUUCUUGACGUAUUAGUUGGGAUAAUCCAAUCGAUUUCUCAAGUAUUUAAACCCUGUGUUAUGAAAAACACCCUUUAGGAUGAUGCAUCCAUGGGCUUGGAUCAGGCCCUUUGACUAAGGAUAAUUCAAUUACGGUACACCUACCAGUUAGCCUGAGAGUCUUUUAAGACCCGAAUAUUUAAAAAUAUUUUCAACCAUUAAAAGACAAAAGUUAGGUGACAUAAACCCAACUUCGCCUGUGAUCUUUGUUGCACAUGAUAACUGAUCUGCCACAACUCCUAUUGCGGUCUGCCUUUGCUUUCCCGUUUAUUUAUAAGUCCUGAAAGGGAGGCACAAAAAAAGCCGAGUUGAAUAAUUUACAAGAUCACUGAGCUUUUCUCCGCUUAAAUAAAAAGCACUACUGAGAGAAGAUUACACGCCACCCUAGCCUCUUUAAGUAAGGCUAUGAAAACUGCCACCAAACCGAGAAUUAGGAGGUUCCGUCUGUAACUCACAGAAACGAGGUAAAUUUGGACACCAUGAUGUAAGACGUUAUCUCGUCAACGAGAGCAGUUGGUAUUACAUUACAAGACUGAGCAAACUGACAAAUCAGCGAAAAUUAAUUUAACAAUACAAUUUGGAAUGACAAAAAUCAAAGACAGUAAAAUCUCCACAUGAUUCGUUGGCAAUAUAUCGGACUGUGUCACCUGGAAGAAAAUGUGUCUGACUUGUUAGUAGGACAAAUGAGACAAACGUUUAGCCAUUUAUAUUCUAGACAACGUUUCCUUUAGAAUCGACAUGUGACAAUUAAUAACUGCCUUUGGAUGAAAAACUUAAGAUAAGGUACAAUUUCUUGAUCGGCUUCGGGUUCAUCCCGCCUUUCCCCCCUACUCCCCCCACCCUCCAGCAAUGGUGAGGCCAACAAAAGGGCUCAUUUUAACCCAUGGUGCUCAAAUUCAACUUUGUUUGGGUUGGGAGGGGAGGGGAGGGGUAGCUAGUUGUACUAAUAUCAUAGAAAAGGUCCCAACACUUUUGACCUCCAUUGUUGCUAUCUUUUAAAAGGCUAAAACGUGUCUUCGCAUCAACUGAAUUCCAUAAAUAAUGGCGGUCCGGUUUUGUUUUUAAAGUAUAUUUAAACUAUAUUUAGGCGUUGAAACUGCCUCUUGACGUCUGUUGCAACGGAUGGCAGGGAUGGAUGCGGAUUGAAACUUCAAAUAGUAUGCUAUGCCUGCAAAAAUCGCCAAAGAAAUUAUUUUUGUUCAUGUUCCCUAAUUAAAUUUGUUUGAUAUAUUUUUCAUGACUCUACAGGAACAUUUUGUGUAUUGGUAAAGGCCGCACUAAGUAAUGACUUCAGCACAGAAUUAACCUGAAACAGCAGCAGUAUCCUGAUGUCAUAGCAGCCCUUUAAUCCCAGUAACACAGUUUUAUUUUACUCGAAAAAUCCAUCAUUAUCCACCUCUGCACGGUUGCCGGAAAAAAAAAAACGUCAAAAUGAAGACACAAUUUGGACAGUGAAACACUAAAAAAGAGCGCUCAAUUAAAGCAUGUUCUAUCACAUGUUACAUACAGUUUCAAUCAACAGAAUUUAGACUUUUAGUCGACUAACGUCACCCAAAUCGUCUAAAGCGAUUACGGCGAUCGAUUAUCUCAUUGAUUCAUCUCAUUGUGUUCAACGAUGGGACUACACUUUGUGAAUGCCAAAGGUUUCCUUGACUAGUUCUUGUAUUCUCAAAGACAUCCCCUCAUCAGUAACGUGUGUAAAGCAACUUACUUCGAAGUCAAAUUACAAGUUUUUUACUUUUAGUUUUAACUACAGUCUAUUCUAGAAUUAAAGAAGAAUAUUCUAAUCCCUAAAAAUAUUUAUUGCUUUGCAGACUCUUUCUAAUGCGCAGAACAUUGUUAGUGGUCAAUGACUGCCACUUCUUGAUUCGCCGAAAUUCAAUUGGCUAGCGGCGGUUUAUGGUGUUAACGAACGUUAUUUUAUUCUUUUCUCUUUUAGGAGAAAACAAAUAUUGAUCAGAAAAUUGGCAAACAACUGUAACGUGUAUCUUAGGCUAGCCGCUUAAUUCUUUAUACCCUAGCGUUAUUUUAAAGGUGUUUAUUAAUCAUCUUUUCAGCGUAAUUUAUGAGAAUAUGUUUUAAUUAAUCCUGUGCUGUCUAAUUAGAAAGCACCUAUAGUUUCCUAUCAAAACUCAUUUGGUAUUUUCUUGGCAGCCGAUCAGCUGUCUCCUUGUUCAGGUAAACAAUGCAAAAAUGUUCAACAUUUUUAAUUUUACAAUCAAUCAUUUUUAAUUUUACAAUCAUAAACCUAGCUGAAAUUCAUCGAAAAUAAAAAUAAGAAUGAAGAGUUUUUAUCCAGCAGUAAGGUGUUAAAAUAUAAGAUUAAACUCGGCUUCCGCGUUUGGUUCUACCUUUUUUUGAAACUGAGUGAUAUAUAAUAAGAUAAGAGCUGUCAGUCAUUAGCUUUAAAAACUGACUAAAUUUCAAUAUAUUGACAAUUCAGGAAGAAUGAGUGAGUAGCCUUUUUUUAGAUACAUAUUUUCUUGAAAACACUAUUAGCCUUAUUGUUUUUCUUUGUUGUUACUUUUGAAAGCUUUUAAGAAGAGAAAAAGGGACAAAAAGCUUACCAGUGUUAAGUCCAGCUCCUGUGUCUGAUUAAUAAUGGAGUUUUGUUAAUUAGUGCUUGUGGUCUGCUUACCGAUUUAAAUUACCAAAGGCGAUGUGGAAAGUUCUUAAUGGACAGUUAAUUAAAAUGGAGGAAUAUACUCUAAUUUAAAAAUUCACUAAGCUUUGUGGUACAAUUGUACUUUUAAGACACGUUGAGUAGCUGAAAACGCACACACACAUUUUCGCGAUGAAUGCAUAAGAAAACCUGUACUCUUUUCUGUUAAACAUGUCCUUUACAGGUUACGCCAUGAUGAUUGUGCCGGGCCACAGUAGGAGAGUAGUAGUGAAUGUAGCAUUAUUAGCGGCCUGUCUAAUUCAUUAAUAAACGUCUUAAGCAGCUGGGCUGUUCUUUUCUUGCUAAUUUACAUGCUAAUAAUGCUUCAAGAACGAAUAUCACGGACAAGUUGUUAAUUGAUAGAGGUUUAAGUGCCAUGUGCAGGGCGCAUGAGUUGCAAUCAUGUCAUCAAUCCAGUGGCCAUAAAAUGAACAAAACUGGGGCAGCUUGAAUGUUGUGCGAUCAUUUCGUUUAGUGCGUUUCUCUUGUUGCAAUCAAGUUCGAUAACGGGCAAAGGCAAUGAAUUUGGACGAAAUACAAGACUUGGAAGCAGGUAAAACAUCAACAAUUUAGAUCAAUCGCGAAGAAGAAGGGGCACAUUAGAAUCAAUCAUAAGCGCCGAAUAGGACAAGUUUUACAUGGCACAAAGCGCAUUUUUCUUUGUUUUUUUUUUUUGUUUUAAAUUUUAUCGGACAUAGAGUAUAAUUCAGAAAUAGUUGCUCGUGUAAAUGGUCUCAUAAAAUUUGCAGCGGCGGCGGCGGUGUUCCUGGCGCCACUAAAUUUCCAGUCAAUAGCUAAACGCUGACAACCAUAUCAGUAGCAAUUCCGGCGGUGCUAUGGCGAGGUGAGCCGUUGGGAUUCCAUUAAAACAUCGCAUCGAAAAAAAAAUGCUGUUGACUCCUGAGCUUUCACAGAUCCGUUUCUAUAGAUUUUAAGUGGGAUGUAGGUCGAUCGUUGGAAUUUCCGCUUUAAUUUUGACUGAGAAGUCUUGGUUACUUAAAUGAACCCAAUACGCUUCAGUUAAUAUAAACACUAAGGAAACUGAGGUACUCGGAAACUAAUCAACUUUACCGAUCGCCGAAUACUCUGGAACUUUGUUGUAAAUAGCAACUAGACAGAUACUCUAAUUGGUGUCGGCGCAUGUUCAGUCAAGUCUUAUUCACUUUUAAGGAAAUACCACUUUUGAUAUAAGGUUUUGCGGCGGUGAUGUUGAAAAGCUUUCGCAAUUUUUAAAGCCAACACCACGCGGUAAAAUUAUGGCUAUAUCGCUGAGUGCACUGGUCAGGCCAUUAACUCAAGAUCCAUUAAGGUAGGCUGAGUGAGAAUGUCAAGAUAAUUAAGCAAGAUUCCGCCUAAGGGGCACCACAUUCAUAAUAUCUGACGUAGGUACCGGUAAUAAUGGACCUUUUAACACUAGAUUAAACACACUUCUCAAUAAUUUGCUUGAAAGAUGUAGAAGAGGUCCACGUUAAAUUCUGACGUCAACAGUGUUUUCUGAAGGUUCCCCUCGCAGCUGGAUUGCUUUCUCGGCUUAAAGGCGAAGGCAAAAAUACGUUUGAAGUGUGAGUGAGGCCAAGUGAUCUGGGGUUAUAAAGCCGCAAUGUAUAUUAUGGUUUGGAGAAAUGAAGCUGUGCAUUUUAUCUACUUUUAUUUAUAUUCCACCUGCUAUGGUGCGUUCUAGGUGGGAACAAAGCUUAACAAUUUUGUAUCUGUCUUUGGCGGACUUGAGGAUCAAACGUUUUUUGAGUUCCUAGCAAUAAAAGUUGCCUUACAUUCUUAGAGACAGCUACACACAGUAGCUCUAGGCUGUGUUUAGAUAUCGAAACUGCUGAGUCACUUUUAUAUAAGGCAAAAUCCUAACGACUGGUUUGUAAAAUGCAAUAAGAACAAUGAACUACCGUAUUUAAGAAAACAAGUCGGUCGAAAUUACCAGACCCUGAGCUGCAUUUAUUAGGCCACAAUUAUAAGACUGACUUAAAUUAUUGGCCAAUCGAUUUCCCCCAUUGCACAAUUAAUUUUCCUUGUUUGCUCUACUAAUAAAGAUGGUAUUGACACUUUCUAAAGGCUUGAUUAUUUAUGUAAAUACCACUUGCAAAGCUCCACACUUCGGCUAAAUAGCCUAACACACUCAAUAUUAGAGAUUUAGCAAAAAACGGUCUCACAGUGUUUCUAGUUUACGUCUGCUUUUAAAAUUUACGCCCAAGGCUGCAGAAAAUGUUACAAGACUUACCGUGUUGCAAACGUCAACGAUCGAGCGAUUCGGCUACAGGCACGUGCCAUAGAUUUUAUUGUUUAAAAAAGAAUUCAAUUAAAAUUUCUACCCUGUUGGAAGUUCGCAGCACCCGUGGAGAUAUUUACAAAAUGAAAACUUAUAUAAGUUCUUUUCUUCAAUUUCUGUUCAUGUACUCAACAGAGCUCUUUAAAAGCUAGGUGAAUUAAAAUGAAUAUGAUGGAAAACUCUUACAAGCCAUUCGGCUACGAGGUAAAAGCCAACUAAAAUCGAAAUUCGACAGCCACCCUGAAUAAAAAGUAUUGUUUAAAAGAUUUAAAUUUCAUGGUCAGGAGUGGUUUUAAAAUAACCCCAAAAUUUUAUUUACGUUUUAUAGAAAGGUUUUAAAACCAAACGUCCGAAGGAAUGUCAUGUUUUUCGGACACUAUGCGAGCCCAGGAGUAAAUAGUCAUGCUUUAUCAACCAAUAUAGAUAGCCAAGGGAACCUGCAACAAAACAAUAAGAAUUUGGUUUGUUUAAAUUUGAAUUCUGUUUUGUUUAAAGCAAGACUUAAUUUAAGAAUUAUCAUUUUUAGCUCCGUGGAGUGCAUGUCUGAUGAUGUUCGAUAGAGAUCUCAGGUCCGUUCAGAAAUUACUCAUAACUCUUAUAGGGGGAAAUUAUCAGCUUCUGAUCCGGCUUAACCAACACAUGGUAAAUCCAAACCAAGAGUUCUAAACAACUGAGACUUUCUCUAGGCUAUGAAAAUAAAAUUAAAAGAUAAGUAAAUAAAGAACGACAGACACUGUGCCACUUUAUGUAAACGUAAUCUUGAGCGACAUAUUACAUAAAUUUAAUUCGUGGGAAAGUACGACUGCUAUUUACAAGAAAAAAAAGGACUGAAAUAAAAAAAAACGUUAGAUUCACGAGCGGAUGCAAAGAAGUAAUCAAGAGAAAAAGAGCAAAAAUAUGACGCCGUACAACUGAUGCGGAUACAUGUGGUUAGGCGUUCAAAGUGCAUUAGAGAAAAAUAAUUAUAAAGACCAAACACGUCUGGCUGUGUCUACCAACGCGGACAAAGAAAUUAAUAACCUUUUACACGAAACCCCGAUGUUUUCGGCUUUUUGUGAAGACACGUAUUCUCGAAUCUCUCUCCUACUGAGUGGGUUUCAUUGCAAUAUGCCGUGACAUGCCAACUGGCUAUUUAUCUUAUCUUCCACAGGAACAUGUGGUCAUUGCCUGGUGUGGUUCCAAAUGUGUAAAAAUCGAUCUUUUGGACCUUGUGAUCUUAGUUUCUCAGGCAAGAUUCAAACUAUGAAAUCUAACUACCGAAUCAUUUUUAAGUUUUCAUUGGACGCAUGCGUGCGAUCAUCCAGUUAAUUUACCUCGCAAAAAGAUAAUGGCUUGUUCAAGACGAGCAAACAGUUCAAUUGCUCUUAUAAUUAGCCAAGGCAUCAUAUUAGCGGUAAUGAAUAACACCAUGAUUCCUCCUCCUCCUCCGGGGUAUAUUGAUCUAUAUUGGUUGACAUCCCCAUCAUCCUUAGCAGUGCUGCGUAUAAGCCCAUGAUUGGUUGAGCUGAGUUUGUUUAAUUUCCCUUUAGACAGAUGUUCGGCGGGUUCUUGGUUGUCAGCUUGUUAAUUGCAUUCCGUUUACUCGCAAUUGUAUUCUUAACAAAUGAUCCUUUCAAGUGAUUCGGGACUUAAAUAAAUUGCUUCCCAGGAGAAGAAUAGAAAAAUCAAUUUAAGUGUUGUUUUUAUGACAUCCGAACUCAGCCGCAUCGAUUUUUCGAGAAUUGCUCUCUUUCGUCUCAAACUUGACUGGCGGGAUGCCUUCCAGGGAAAGAAACCAUCAAGAAAAAGAUUACCGACUUUUCGAAUAACAAGUGCUCCCCCCCCCCCCCCCCCCCCCCACAAAAAACCAAAAACACACACCCAAACACCACCAACAACACAAAACCCUAACAACAACAAACAACACAAUCAAAAUAAAGAAACAAUAAAACGGGAGGGUAGGAGGAGCUAACAAAAUUAAGUAGUUUUUUUAUGGACACCUCAGUACGCCGCAUCGAUUUUUCGAGAAUUACCUCUUUUUCUCUCAAACUUGACUGGCGGGAUGCCUUCCAGGGAAAGAAACAAUCAAGAAAAAAAUUACCGACUUUUUGAAUAACAACGGCCCCCCCCCCCACCCCCCCCCCCCGAAAAAACAAGCCCAGGUACGAUGACAUAUCACGUGACUUAAUUAAACUUCGAAAACCACAGCGUAUCGUGUUGGUAAUUACUGCAAGUGAUACACGGGGUGUAGAGAUGACUUAACUACUGCCUUAUUAAAGCCAUUAACCAAUCAGAGACUGGGAAACUGUGAACGUAAUGGCAACAUCUCUUAGUUGAUGACAACUAAUUGUGUCUUGGUCAUUUAGGGUUUGAAGCUGAUUUGAUGUCGAAUUGAUUAGGCUUAAUUCGCUGUCAUAUGAUGAAUGUUUUGAAUAACGUACACUGUUACCCGAGUUGUUUUAACAAACAACGGCCACUGGCUAAUUCCUACUCAGUGUCACAAAGGCUGACAACGCAACCACACGACUAGAAACAACAGCAGCGCAGAAACUUCCGCCGCCAUCGCCGGUUAAUAAAAUGGACAAGACUAACGUGAACAGUGAGUUCGCACGUUUUAUGCUCGGUUGAAUCCGCGAGCUUUGUAGUGUUGGUCGACAGCGCGCGUGGUCUAACUUUCGAUGUAAACCAUUUUAUGUUUCCUACUCCGACGUGUUCAGUCAAAACGCUGUUCAAAAGGAAACAAGGACAACCAACCGAGAAAUUUUAGUCUUAACUGUCGCUCUCAUUUCUUGCUGUAGGUCGAUGUCUUCAAGGAGGAAUACGAAGUUGUGGAGGAUGCGGAGAAAAAAUUUUGGAUCGAUUUCUUCUUCUGGCUUUGGACCAGUACUGGCACGUUAACUGCUUGAAAUGUUCUUGUUGUAAUGUAAGAUUGGGGGAAGUAGGAUCAUCGUGUUACGCCAAAGGUGGAAUGAUCUUGUGCAAGACCGACUACGUUAAGUAAGUCCUGGUUUAUUCUGUUAUUUCGUUUUUGUGUGUCCGUUCGAUUUGUUGUUUAAUAUUAUUUCAAUAUCCUGGGUAAAGUUUGUUUUGCGGAGUAUUUUUAUUUCGUGUGUGACACCUCAUCAUGUAAUGAGCUAUUUUCUUCUUUUAAAAUUUGUGGCGACUCACUUGUGUAUGUGCUGAGUUUUAUCGCAAGUAAUAAAUGUUUUCCUGCUCCCGCCAACAUUUCUCCUUUUUAACGAGUGGCAUGGCCUCGUGUUGUAAAUACUUUCUUAAGUGGCUUUUAUCUUCCAUUAUAUUUAUAUUUUUUUGCUCCUUUAUUUCACCCGGGUGUACGAGGUCAGCUUUUUGCAUACAUUUAGUCAACGUAAUAUUUCUUCCAUUAUGAAAGUGCAAUUAAUAACAUAGAUUAUAAAAGCUUCAGAGAAUGCCUGGUAUUAGUGGCUCACGGUAACCUCAACACUCAUUAGCGUGUUAAUAUUUCACCUUCCAAAGGCGAUUUACUUCAUUUGUCUAUGUAAUUUACAGUUGUUUGGCAAAAUUUCGCAGUCCUUCCGAAAUUAGUACACAAAAGCUUUUCCUAUGUACUAGACGUGCUUUUUUAAUUUUAAUAAACAGGAUUUUUAAUAUGCCAUUCCAGGCAGGUUAACAUAUCCACCGCAUUAUCAACGUCAAAUUGAAUGGCCCGUGAAGAACAAUUUAUCGCUAUUCCAAAUAUUGGCUUUAUACGCUUUUAUCUCUAAUUACUUAGAACAUAUUAAAUCCUGCGUUAUCAGAUCCGACUGCCGAGCUGCUUCUGGCUGGGAUCUCAUUUUCAGGCGCUUAUUGCUUUUUAGGUUAUAUGGAUCUAGUGGAGCAUGCGCAGUAUGUGCCAAGUUAAUUCCCGCCACGGAGUUUGUAAUGAAAGUUCUGGGUAAAGUUUAUCAUAUCAACUGCUUUAACUGCACAACUUGCCACAAUCAGCUUGUCGCUGGAGACCGAUUUCACGUCGUAAAUGGGAGGCUUUUCUGUGAGAAUGAUGACCCACGACUACUAAAACAACAACUUCACGCCACAAAACAAACGGUAAGCAAAAAGCCCUUUCAACCCCAAAACGUCUGUCAAAAUACAUCUUCAAUAAAUUUUAUCCCCUUGGAUAAUACUUAUUUGGUUUUAAUAUCUCCGAGCUUUUUGCUUAAGCUAAUAUUAAGUCAUCAAUUUUGACAUUUCAUUUGACUAUUUUGGUGAAAAGGAAACACGUUUUUAAUUUUGCGACGUAUUGCCAUAUUGCUUUUUACCGCAUAAUCAUGUCAGAUUACACGGAUAUUCGAGCAAUAUAAAUAGUAGGCACUUACACUUGUGUUCGAGUUCCAUUUUCUCAAAGCAUUUCUCAACUGGAAAAAGAUAUUGUUUCUUAAACAAUUUGCCCAUCGCUUUGGUGAAGCAAUUUGCAUCCAUAAAAAAAUUUGUUAGAUUACGAUCUCUAUCUCACCCCAAGGCACACAGAUAAGACAAUGGGAAGCAGUUUUUAAUACGAAUUAAUUAAGACUUUAAAUUGGUUCUGCUGCCUUGUCGAUAAGAUAUGGCAAAAUAUUCAAGGCAAAGCGUUGAUUAGUGCAACUGUUAAAACAUCGACUACAAUGGCCGGAAUUACAAGUGAAUCUUCAUCAAUACCAUUCCAUUCCCAAAUGUGGUUUAAGUAAUUCUAUGCCGAUGCACUUAGAAAACUUUCCUGCACUUUAGUAACACAGGAAAUAAUUAAAGGCCAUUUUCCAAGGCGCUGCUUUUAGACGAAAUUUCGAUUGAAAAAAAAUCCUAAAUCCAUCAACUUUAAUUUGCUCCAGUUCACUAAACUGUCAAUAAUAUUUGAUAUUUUAACAUUCAAAUCUUCGCCUUGAUCUUUGGUAAAGAAAAUGAAGCUCCCGCCCGGUCAGUCUCAUCCCCGAAAUGAACCAAAAGAGUAUUGGUUCAUCAUUUUAGUCAAGAUAUGACAUCAUUUUUGCGAGAUAGGCCAAGAGUAUGAGAAGUGUUUUUCUUCUUAAUUGCAAAAACCAAAACUAAUGAUUCGAAACGGAACAAAAAAGAAAGAGUUCGAGCAGAUUACAAAACUAAAACACACUAUAGGGUAAUUGAGUACAGUCAUACGAAACAAAGUAAAUUAGCCGGGCAGCUUAAGGGAACACCGUAAUUAGUAAAUGAAGUCUUUUUUCCUUUCCUCCGCUAAUCAGCUAUGAGAAAGCGAUGAAGCCGCAGAAAUUAAUUUACUGUAGGGACCUUGUAAUUUCUUUUUCUUUCGGUUCGAACACCUUGUUUUCAACGCGAAAUUAAAUUAAAAUUCUCUUUGAAAAAUGAGCAAAGAGUAAUUAUUUCCUGUUUAUUACGCGGACGUCUUUGAAAUCGAUGUUUUAAUUUCGAAUUUGGUGAAUUAGAUAAAAUUGGGUUUUGUGGUUUUCAAGCUUUUAACAGAAAUGAUCCUUUCGUCUCAACGCACAAUCAGUGCUAUCUUGUGAAAAAUAUCGUGGAAAAGUGUUAAGCCGAGUGCACGAUAUUUACAGCUUUUUAGCACGGUUAAAUUUCUCAAAAACUAAUAACAAGAGAAGUACGUAAUUUUGUGUUUCUGAAGUUUUAAGUUUUCAAUUAACCGAUGACCAGACGGGAAAGGAACUGAAACAUAAAACCCCAGAGUAUUUCAAUUUUGUUUUACUUGAUUUUUACUCUUAAUAGUUCCUUUCAGCGAGUAAAUAUCUGGUGUCGAUUGAUGUUGUUAUUAUUUUCUUACAUGCAUAUUUUUGUCUACUUUCAGGUAUGUUAAUGAGAGUCGAGCGAAAUCUUUAUAAGCGAUUAAGCCUCAGAAAAUGACACAAUCAAAAGGCCCCCGGAUGAGGAGACAAGGUCUUUUUUAGAACGAAGUCUAAAGUUGAACAAUAAAACAAGGAACACAUCAUAGUAUCUUACAUAAAGAAGAAUCGGCUUCCAGGAUGUCUUGUUAGCUUAGUCAAAAUGUUGUUUUGAAUCAUGUUGCUUUUGAGCAGGCUGCAGACACGCCAUUGUUAAAUCCAAAAUUGUCAAAUAAUUUGUCCAUGAGGAGCAGUGACAUUAUAUUAAUAUGACUCGAAAGGAAAUUCACCAAGGAAAACUUUUAGUUUAGCAAGGAAACAUACGUAAGACAACAAAUUAAAAGUAUAUUUGUGAUCAAAAAUUGUCUCUUAGAA